CUUUUGAUUGUAUGAUGUUACGCAACCAUGGGCAACAAACUCUCUUGUCAAAAUGAACUAGUGAAAAAAAAGGAAACCAUCUUCAUUUCCCGGAAGGUGUACAGGAUUCCUGCUCUUUUCUACAAUAGAGAUGAAAACAUCUUAAUGGCAUUGGAUUGCAGCACAAAGGUGAUGAAAACAGGAAAGGUGAAGAAGGAUGAAAAUCAUGAAGUGACAAUCGAGUGGUCAGCGCAGAAAACGGUGAUCAAGAAACACUUUCUUGGAUACCGUCCUAUGAACCCAUGCCCUCUUUAUGAGAAGACCAACAAAACCUUCCUGUUUUUCAUCCGUGUGGAAGGCACAUGCACAGAGCAGUGGCAGAUAGCUCAUGACACCAACAAAGCUCGUCUCUGCUAUGUUAAGACAGAUAAUGGUCAAAGUUGGAGCGACGUGAAAGAUUUGACUGACUCGCUGCAUGAAAUCAAACAGUGGGCCACAUUUGCUGUCGGGCCAGGCCAUGGUCUUCAAACAGAGAGUGGAAGAUUGAUCGUCCCAGUUCAUGCUUAUAUUUCUAAAUCUUGCUCACGCCCUGCCCUGCAUGCAGUCUCCCUGUAUAGUGACGACGAGGAUAACUCUGGACCCAGUGGUUACUCAGACCUGGCUUACAUUGAUGGAGGUUGGUUUGCAUGUCUUAUGGAGUGUGGAGAGGGGAACUACACUGAACAGAUUGCCUUUAAGAUGUUUAGCUACAACGAGCUCAAGCAGGCCAUUAAAGGGUAAAACAAACUGGCUGUUGUGUAAUACUAUUGCACUGAAAUCCCAUUCAUAACUUCUGAAUAUAAAAUGUGUUAACAGAAAGUUAACAUGCCUAAUAACCUCUAAAAAAUGUUAGCACUUAAACUAGGGUUUAGCCCAUUACAAACUAAUGCACCAGCACUCACAAUAGUUUGGCUUAUUUGAAGCGAAUAUACCUGCUGUCUCGUUGUUUUGUUUGUAUCUUUAUGCUUUAUUGCACUUAUUGUAAGUCGCUUUGGAUAAAAGCGUCAGCUAAAUGAAAUGUAAUGUAUUAAUGAUUUGCAUCAAUCAAAUCUAUCAUGUAUGACCUUUACUUACAUUUACCACUUUGUGUCAAUUAUUCAACUAAUAAAACAUACAUUUUGACA